AUGGAUGCAUCUAUGGAAGUAUUAGAGGCACGGAUGUCCAUAGUUGCACAGGCCGGAUCUGGUUGGGCUCUCCAUCAGAACCACGCUCUCAUUCCGGAAAUGGGCACGUAUGAGCCAUUACAGGGAAGCUCCUACAUUGAACUACCGAAAGACAUCCAUGAUACUAAAGCAUUGGUAAACAUUAAGAAUGAUGACCAGCAAUGUUUCAAGUGGUCUAUCUUGGCAGCCUUACAUCCCGCUUCAAACCAUGCCGAACGUCUUACCAACUAUCAAGACUACAAGGAGGAGUUAAAAUUUGACGGAAUUGAAUUUCCUGUCCCCAUUCAUCAGAUAUCUAAGUUAGAGAAACAGAAUCGUGGCAUUAGUAUCACUGUCAUUGGUAUCACGAAUGAUGAGAAGUACAAAAAAUAAGGAAACAAGGGUAAGAAAAAGACUGUACAAGAGUCCACUCUGAUGAGUAUGAGAGUCCCUGAUAAGAAACUGUAAAAUCAUGUUUCUUUGCUGUACUGGAAGAAAGGUGAUAGAGAACAUUAUGCCUGGGUUAAAAACUUUAACCGACUUCUUUCAAGAGUAAACAAACACAAUGAGCAGAGAUACAUUUGUGAUAGAUGUUUCCAAGGCUUCACCCACCCAGAUUUACUGGAGAAACACCAAGAAAUGUACCGUCAUUUCCCAGCCCAGGUAACAAAAACAGUGGACCAGGAAAUAAAGUUCACCAGCUGGGCCAAAACAGAGCCAACUCUGUUCUGUCUCCAUUGGAGAUUUUGAGUGCAUACUCAAGGAAAUAGAGACCACUAAUGACAGUGGAAAAACUAAGAAAACGCAAAAGCACAUCCCCUGUAGUUUUGCUUCGGUUCUGAUUUCUGAACAUCCAGAUGUUGACUCACGCACAAAGCUGUACCGCCACACACCAACCCCAGACAUGUCUGUAGAAGAAGUUGGCGAACGAGCGAUGGAUGAGCUAAUUACAAGCCUUCAAGAGUUAGAAGAAGAGCUGAAACCACUCCUAGCUGAAAUUAAACCAAUGGACUUGACCGAAGAACAGGAAGCUGAGUUUCAAGCAGCUACACAUUGCUAUAUGUGUGAGCAACCCUUCACAGCCGCAUCCUAUGAAACGGGACCAGCUGAUGGCACUCCAGAAGAGGCAGAAAAGAAAUUAAGGGUUCGAAAAGUACGCGAUCACAAUCAUGCUACUGGAGAGUACAGAGGGGCUGCCCACGCUGGUUGUAACAUAAACAAGAAACGACUCAAACGUAUACCACUUUUCUUUCAGAAUCUAUAAGGGUAUGACGGCCAUUUAAUAAUGCGUGGAAUCCGCCGUCACUCUGGUAAGAAAGCUAACAAGAAGAACAAGGCAGAGAACCGAUAUAAGAACAUUCGGCUUAUCCCGAACAACAUGGAACGGUAUGUGUCAUUCCAGUUGGGGAACCUGAGGUUCCUGCAUUCGAUCCAAUUCUUUGGCCCAGGUUCAAGUCUAGAUACCUUAGCAAGUACCUUGAAUGAUUUCCCCAUCCUAGAAGAAAUGUUUACCCAAGUCUGGGACGUUACACCCGAAGAGUUGGAGUUGCUAUGUAAGAAAGGGGUAUACCCUUAUUCUUACAUGGAUAACUCCUACAAAUUCAAUGAAACAAGUCUGCCUCCAAAAGAAGACUAUGAUAAUGAACUGACGAAAGAAGACAUCUCCCAAGAAAAGUACGAGUUUGCUCAGACAGUAUGGAGUACAAUGGGCUGUGAAACGUUGGGGGACUAUCACGAUAUCUAUCUUUAUCAGGAUAUAUUCCUCUUAGCUGAUGUCUUCGAACAGUUCAGAGAUGUUUGCCUGAAAAAAUAUGAUUUGGAUCCUGCUCACUACCACACAGUACCAGGAUUGGUAUGGGAUGCUUCUCUAAGAUUACCGGUGUGA